CACCUGGUGGUGGUCGGUUGUAUAAAAAGGCCGGAAUAUCUUGAACGCUCUUGGCUAGUUGACCGCCGUGAACGUCGUUUGUGGCAAGAAAGAGGAACAAUGACGUUCCUUCUAAUUGCCGUUGCCGCAUGCAUUCUGAACGCGGGAUUCGGCCGAUUAGCAACUGCUACCUCUCAACAAAAAGACAUCAAUGUAACAUUACCAGGUUUUAGCGGUAGCUUGGGAUCAGGUGGCGCCACCGGUGGAUCAUGGUCCGGAGGCGGUGGGACGGGAUUUUCAGGUUCGACCGGCGGCGGCAGUACACUGGCGGGUGCCACGGGUGGCAGCAGUGGAAGCCAGACAUCCACUUCGUCAAGUAGUUCAGGCGGCGGUAGCGGUUUGGGAGCCAGUAGUACUGGCAGCCAGGGACUUGCAUCUGGUGGUUCAGGUUCGGGGUCUGUUUCCGGUGGUUAUGGCGGAGCAGUGUCUGGUGGCUCAAGUUCUUCUAGUGGUAGCUCCGGCGGAGGCAGCAGCGGCGGAUUAGGGUUUCUUCUUCCGGGGUCUGGUGGUGUCGGCCUCUCAGGGAGCGGCGGAUUUAGUCCAAGUCUUAGUGGAGGUUCGACUUCUGGAGGCACUGGCAAUGGCGGAACAGGCGGUGGUGCAAUGGGCACUCAGGGUUCUACUGGCGGCCAAAUUGGACUAGGGGGUGGAGCUGGGACUGGUUUAGGCUCUGGCACCGGUUCUCAUGGCGGCGGUUCCUUAGGCGGCGGAUCAGCAUCUGGUGGUUUGAGUUCUUCUGGUGUUAGCUACGGCGGAGGCAGCAGCAGCGGAUCAGGGCUUGGUAUUUCGGGAUCUGGCGGCAGCAUUUCGGGCGUCACUGAAUCACAGCAAAGUCAGAUAGGUGGUUUCGGUACUCAAGGUGGUCAUGGCGUGGGCGGCGGUUCAGGAGUUUCUGGUGGUGGUUCCCUUGGUGGAAUCGGUGGAUCAGCAGGUGGUUCUUCUGGCGGCAGCAUUGGAUUAGGGGGUGGAGCUGGGACUGGUUCAAGUUCUGGCGCCGUUUCUCAUGGAAGUGGUUCGGGAUCUGGUGUUUCGAUUUCAGGUUCUUCUGGCGGUAGCUACGGCGGUGGGAGCAGCAGCGGUGGAUCAGGGUUUGGUCUUUCGGGUUCUACCAUCGGUGGCUCAAGUGCCGGUGGCGGAAGACUGCCGGGAUUGUCGGGUAGCUUGGGAUCUGGCGGCAGCAUUUCGGGUGGCACUGAAUCACAGCAAAGUCAGAUAGGUGGUUUCGGUGGCACCGGUGGUAGCCUUGGCGGAUCGGGCUCAGUUGUGACGGGAGGCUCUAGUGGCACCGGUGGUAGCCUUGGCGGAUCGGGCUCAGUUGUGACGGGAGGCUCUAGUGGCACCGGUAGUAGCCUUGGCGGAUCGGGCUCAGGUGUGACGGGAGGCUCUAGUGGCACCGGUAGUAGCCUUGGCGGAUCGGGCUCAGGUGUGACGGGAGGCUCUAGUGGCACCGGUAGUAGCCUUGGCGGAUCGGGCUCAGGUGUGACGGGAGGCUCUAGUGGCACCGGUAGUAGCCUUGGCGGAUCGGGCUCAGGUGUGACGGGAGGCUCUAGUGGCACCGGUAGUAGCCUUGGCGGAUCGGGCUCAGGUGUGACGGGAGGCUCUAGUGGCACCGGUAGUAGCCUUGGCGGAUCGGGCUCAGGUGUGACGGGAGGCUCUAGUGGCACCGGUGGUAGCCUUGGCGGAUCGGGCUCAGGUGUGACGGGAGGCUCUAGUGGCACCGGUGGUAGUCUUGGCGGAUCGGGGUCAGUUGUGACGGGAGGCUCUAGUGGCACCGGUGGUAGCCUUGGCGGAUCGGGCUCAGGUGUGACGGGAGGCUCUAGUACUGGCGGUGGUGAUGGCUUGAGCGGCGGUUCAGGAGCUUCUGGUGGCGCUGCCUUUGGUGGAAGCGGUGGAUCUGCAGGUGGCUCGUCUGGCAGUGGUAUUGGGUUAGGAGAUGGAGCAGCGGGUGGUUCAGGUGCUGGUGGUCAGAUCGGCGGUGGAUUGUCAGGUGCUGGCGGUCAGCUCGGCGGUGGAUUGUCAGGGUCUACUAACAUCACCCAACUUCCAGGCAGCAGUGGACAGCGGCCAAUUUUGCCGGGUAUUUCAGGAUCUGGCGGCCACCCGAAGUGCCCACGACACGAGGCGUUCGGGAGUAGGUCCAGCAACUGCGGCGAAUGCAACUGCGACGUCUACGCUAAAUCAAAACGCUUCGAUGGGACUCCAAAAGCUUGCCUUGCCGACUUGCGCGCCAAGUGUUGGUGCAAGAGGUUUUUCUGUCGCAAUAUUGACGGCAGAUGUGUUCGCAGAAAGCAGUGCAACACCGUGACUGGGCAACAAAUUCAGAUUCAAUGAGCUUGUAUUAAAAUACACUCAAGCAGCCUACGCAAAAA